UGUCACAGUAAAAGUUAAAUUGGUAAAUAAAAGGGUUUUGCUGUGAGUUUUUGGUUAUCCAUGUUCUGAAUCCUCAAUUCUGAAUCCUUUCCCAUUUCACACUUCCCAGCCCACUCUACUGCCCAUUUCAUGUCAUGCUCACUAGAUUCAGCUACAUAGCUACCUCCUUACACGCUUUCAAGUUUCCAACGCUCUUACACACAGACACGCUCAGAACCUCACCAAAAUAGUUAUAUCUUCCUCACAUUUUACAUUUCUACCUCUUUCCUUUUUCCCUUCACUAUUCUCGAGAAUCUCCCUGUUGCAUUAUCUUCAGCCCUCAUUCUGGGUUUAAGAUAGGGUUUAACCAGGAAGUAAUAUAGUAACUCGUAGAAACUAGAAAGAGUUUUUAAGAAAUUACGAAAAGAGAAAAAAGAAGAGAGAGAUAGAGUUCUUGUGUGGAGGCAAACCAAAAACUUGGUCUUUCUCAUUGAUAUUUACACAGAUCCCUAUGGAAUGAAGUGGGUGCUCCCCAAUCUUCGCUUGCCGAGAAUUCAUUCCUUUUGCUUAGUUUAAAGAGACCAGUUUUGUUCCCUUCAUGAGAGAGACAUAUUUUUGCAUACAAGGAUGAGUUCGGUUGGUAGAGGAGAAAAUUACUUUGCAUAGUUGUAGCAAAACAACAAAACAACAGCCAAGUUUUCUUAUUCAGCAGAGGAGGCAAGAGUGUUUCUUCGUUCAACACCAUCAUUAUUUUAUUUGCCAAGCAAUGAUUGCCUUGCAUUCCUUCUUCACAGUGUAGCGACUCCAAACCUUUUCGGGUGACUAAAAAGAAAGAAAACAAAAGCAGGAAGAUGAAGGGCAUGGACGAGCGUAACACCGAUGAUGGAAGCAAUCAUAACUGGUUGGGGUUCUCUCUCUCACCCCACAUGAACAUGGAGGUUACUUCAGCUGCCACUAUUCCCAACCCCACUGUUCCGACAACGUUCUACAUGUCCUCCCCUCACAUUUCCAGCUCAGGAAUCUGUUACGGUGUCGGGGGAAAUGGUAACUUCCAUUCUCCUCUUACCGUUAUGCCUAUCAAGUCAGAUGGGUCACUUUGUAUCUUGGAAGCUCUCAAUAGAUCACAAUCGCAAGUGAUGGCACCGAAUUCUACGCCUAAAUUGGAGGACUUUCUUGGUGGUGCAACUAUGGGAACUCACGAAUAUGGGAGCCACGAGAGAGGGGCAAAUGCAAUGGCUCUGAGUCUAGACAGCAUCUACUAUAGCACCCAAAAUGCUCAGGCACAACCCAACAGAGUCACUCUCUCAGAAUCCUUCAGGCAACAGGGGCAUAUGAACGUCCAAACGCACCCUUAUUACUCAGGACUCGGUUGCCACGGGAUGUAUCAAGCACAGAUGGAGGAUGAAGCAACGAAGGAAGCUCACGCAUCAGUUUGCAGCUCCCUAAUGCCUCAAAUGACAGAAGAUAGUUUGAAAAACUGGAUGGCUUCAAGGGAAUAUUCAACUCAUCAGCAGGUUUUGGAGCAGGAAAUGAACUGUGGAAUGGGGAAUGAAGCAAGUGGCAUGUCUCUUGGAACUGUGGGGUGUGGCGAGUUACAGUCACUGAGUUUAUCGAUGAGUCCUGGUUCUCAGUCUAGUUGUGUCACUGCACCUUCUGGGCCUGAUUCUGUGGCUGUGGAUGCAAAGAAGAGAGGGCAUGUAAAGUUGGGUCAAAAGCAACCAGUGCACAGGAAAUCUAUUGACACAUUUGGGCAGAGAACCUCUCAGUAUAGAGGUGUCACAAGGCAUAGAUGGACUGGUAGGUAUGAAGCGCAUUUGUGGGAUAAUAGUUGCAAGAAGGAAGGGCAGACUAGGAAAGGAAGACAAGUAUAUUUGGGGGGUUACGAUAUGGAAGAGAAAGCUGCAAGAGCCUAUGAUCUCGCGGCUCUUAAGUACUGGGGACCUUCCACGCAUAUAAAUUUUUCGAUUGAAAAUUACCAUGUUCAACUCGAAGAAAUGAAGAGCAUGAGCAGGCAGGAAUACGUUGCACAUUUACGAAGAAAAAGCAGUGGAUUUUCAAGGGGUGCUUCAAUAUACCGAGGGGUCACAAGGCACCACCAACACGGAAGAUGGCAAGCAAGGAUAGGUAGAGUUGCUGGGAACAAGGACCUAUACCUUGGGACAUUCAGCACACAGGAGGAAGCAGCAGAAGCAUACGAUGUAGCCGCAAUCAAAUUUCGCGGCGCAAAUGCAGUCACGAACUUUGACAUUUCAAGAUACGAUGUGGAGAGAAUCAUGGCGAGUAUUAAUCUUCUCGCAGGUGAGCUAGCAAGGAGAAAUAAAGAUAAUGAUCCAAGAAACGAGGCGAGGGAGUGCACUAUGAAAAACAAUAACAAGAGUGUGAUGACAAGUGAGAGCCAGGAGGAAAUAGUCGAAGGUAGAAACAGCAAUGAAAACAAUCCAGAGUGGAAAAUGGUUUUGUUUAAUCAAGCUUCACAGCAGCAACAGUCAAAUGGCAGUGAGGAAAAAAUAAUGAACUGCGGAAAUUAUAGAAACAGUGCAUUCUCUGGGGCCCUACAAGAUCUCAUUGGGAUUGAUUCGGUGGAGGAGUGUAGCAAAAUUGGGACUCAUUUUUCAAACGCGUCCUCGCUGGUGACCAGUUUAAGCAGCUCAAGAGAGGCUAGUCCUGAGAAAACGGGUCCCUCGCUUCUGUUUCCAAAGCCCUCCAUGGAAACAAAGUUAUUGAACCCCAUUAGUACUAGUGUUACAUCUUGGUUACCCUCACCAACGGUUCAAAUGAGACCACCUCCUGCUAUUUCUUUGUCUCACUUGCCAGUUUUUGCUGCUUGGACUGAUACUUAAGAAAGAUAGAUCCUUUUCAGUUUUCACAU